UUUAAUCACUUAUUUAUCACAUAUGCUAUUCGUUUGUUCAACAAAGUAAACACAAGAACAGAGAUUAGAAGGAGUUGGUGAUAUGUGUACUAUGUUGUUCCAGAAAGGCAACUCUGAAGAUUCAUGUCAGCUCGUGUGGUCGGACUUGAAAAAAUUGAAGUAAAACUAAAGAUUAUUCCAGGAAGUUAACGCAGAGUAGGACAUUUAAAUACAACAAAACCCAACUCCAAACACAACACCACUCACCUCUCUCCCUUUCUCCUUCUACCUCGUCACAACAUCAACAACAUAGUUUGUCUCCCUUACCAAACUGUUUCUGUGUUCUCAUACAUAAAACAUUAUUCUUCUAGUUCGUAAUUAAUCAUGGGCACUCUGGUGGGACAUGUAGCUCCAGGUUUUGGUUUCAUGUUGAUAGGUUUGUGGCACCUCUUCAACCACAUCAAGCUCCAUGCCCUUAACCCAAAGUCCUACAAGGGCCCAUCAUGGUUCCCAUCUUCCAGGUUUAGAUACCUAGAGUUGGUGCUCAUCAUGGUAGGCUGCACAGCCUCCGUUUCAAUGGAACUCUUCAUUGGCCCAGAUCGGCACCAACCUCUUGACCCAGAUGGAACCAUUCCCUCCAACCAUCUCCACAACUUCGAACACUCUUCCAUCUCCAUCACCUUCUUCCUCUACGCAGCUUCUUCCAUCAUCCUCGACCGUUCCCAAGCCCAGGCCCAAUUCGUUCUCACCCAGUUUCUUGGGGCCGUAGCAUUUGCUCAACAACUGCUUCUCUUCCACCUCCACUCCGCCGACCACAUGGGCCCGGAAGGCCAAUACCAUCUCUUGUUACAGCUUUUGGUCUUUGUUUCACUCUCCACCACAAUCAUUGGAAUCGGAUUCCCCGAAAGUUUCAUCGUGAACUUCGUCCGCUCCGUCAGCAUUUUGUUCCAGGGGCUGUGGUUAAUUGUGAUGGGCUUCAUGCUUUGGACACCUUCACUCAUACCCAAAGGUUGUUACAUGAACGACGAGGAGGGUCACAUGGUGGUUAGAUGCUCUUCCCACGAGGCACUUCACCGCGCCAACUCACUCGUAAAUAUUGAGUUCAGUUGGUUCAUCAUUGGUGUCACCGUUUUUUCGGUUUCUUUGUACUUGGUUUUGGUCAAAGUUUAUGGGGAGAAGGUGCAGUAUUUUUCCCUCGGGAUCGAGGAUGAAGAGUCAAAAUACGACGUUGAGUCCCAAAAGAGCGUCGCCUUUGACAACAACAGCAAAAGCUUUAUUCACCUCGGCAAAGUCUUUCCUCAAAAUCAUAUGGAAAGGUAGAUAAUAGCGAGUGAUGAAAUGAAAGUUGGUUAAUUUGUGAUUAGUGGUUGGGUGUGUGGGUGUACAGUAUAGCUUCUCUUUUGAUUAGGAUUGAGAUUGGUUAAGUCACCAGCAAUGUUGUUUUUGUUUGUGAAUGUGGGAAUUAUUUCAUUUGUUUGUGUUUUCGGGGAAUAGUUUCUUGUUGAAACCAUUUCUUACUUUUCUUGAUGAAAGCAUAUAUAUGUUACUCACUUUGUGUAUAAUAUACUUUUGGAUUAAAUAUAUUUUUCAUUCCAAAAUUA